AUUCCUGCAUUAUUGGUGACCACCCAAAAAUACAAAUCAAGAACUCUACUUUCUGUAUGAGUGCCUAUCCAAACUUGACUAUGGUUAACUUCACCAGUGAAGGAAACAAAACGUUUGUCAGUGGAAGUGAAGAAUACUUUAAGUACUUCGUAUUGAAGAUUUCUGCAGGGAUUGAAUAUCCUGGUGAAAUUAGAUGGCCCUUGGCACUAUCUCUUUUCCUAGCUUGGGUGAUUGUAUAUGCCUCCCUUGCUAAAGGAAUCAAGUCAUCAGGAAAAGUGGUGUACUUUACAGCUACGUUCCCCUAUGUAGUUCUCAUCAUCCUUCUUAUCAGAGGAGUAACUCUGCCAGGAGCCGGAGCUGGAAUCUGGUACUUCAUCACACCAAAGUGGGAGAAGCUAAUUGACGCUAUGGUUUGGAAGGAUGCUGCCACUCAGAUUUUCUUCUCCUUAUCAGCAGCAUGGGGAGGUCUAAUUACUCUCUCUUCUUACAACAAAUUCCAUAAUAAUUGCUACAGGGACACAUUGAUAGUCACAUGUACCAACAGUGCCACAAGUAUAUUUGCAGGCUUUGUCAUCUUCUCAGUUAUUGGCUUCAUGGCAAAUGAGCUCAAAGUGAAUAUUGAAGCUGUGGCAGACCAAGGUCCUGGAAUUGCUUUUGUGGUUUACCCAGAAGCCUUAACUAGGCUUCCCCUCUCUCCAUUCUGGGCUAUAAUAUUCUUUUUGAUGCUUCUGACACUUGGAUUGGACACUAUGUUUGCCACUAUCGAGACUAUAGUGACCUCCGUUUCAGAUGAGUUCCCCAAAUACUUACGUACGCACAAGGCACUGUUCACUCUUGGGUGCUGCAUCUCCUUUUUCAUCAUGGGAUUUCCUAUGAUCACUCAGGGUGGAAUGUAUAUGCUACAGCUUGUGGACACUUAUGCAGCUUCUUAUUCUCUUGUCAUCAUUGCCAUCUUUGAGCUUGUUGGAGUUUCCUAUAUAUACGGAUUGCAAAGAUUUUGUGAAGAUAUAGAAAUGAUGAUUGGAUUCCAGCCAAGUAAAUUCUGGAGAGUCUGUUGGGCAUUUGUGACCCCAACUAUUUUAACA